AUGGCGGAACAUCUAUUUUUCCCUGAAAAGCCUCAAAAUCCUCUUCGGAUAGAAUAUAAAGGUCCGCUAUACGAUGGAGGCGAGUGGGAUGAAUACCCGACUCGCCAUGGAUGGAAAAACGAGAAGGGUGACAUAGAAUGGAUUGGUUUCUCGUUAGAACACGACAAGGAGGUUGAGUGUUGGCUUUAUUUUGGAAUGCUAUUUUACGUGUUUGGAGAAAAGCUGAACCAGGUUGAUUUUCUUCUUUCCGAAGAAAGUGAAGAUAAUUUGGAAGGGCCGGAGCAGUUCUUGACUACUACUCAUCUACGUGAUUAUGUGGAUAAUGUACAGGAGUGGAAGAAUAAAAGAUACGGUGAACGAGCCGUGACAAUCGUGGAAAAGGUCUGUAAAGAGCUGGAGACAUUCAAGGACACUCUUCGGGAUGAGAUGAAACUAGCAAUACGCUUGAUUUGUCAGGCCCUCUGGAAUACUUCUGUUAAACGAGACGGACCCCGGACUCAACCCAGGCACGUUUCGAAGUGGCUACUAAGUGACACCUAUGAGACUGUUCGAAUGAUCAAGAGCGAAUGGUGUCCAUGGGAAGUAAUGAAAUCGCGUUUCACGGGCUGCCAUGUUGAUACUAUAGCGUAUCUGCUUCAGCUUAAUCGCAGAAAACCGACGUGGGAUAAUAGGACGCAUGUUGCAUGUAAGCUGACGGAAUGCGUGGCACAUAAUAUUGAUGAAAGUAAUUAUUUGAUGAGGCACGUUACAGAAGGAUGUGGAUGCGAUCAUAUACAGGCGGAUGUUGAACAGUUGCAUACCGUUCUAAAGGAUGGAGGCAUCCCUCUUGUCAAAAUCACACCCCUGGCUGGCGAGGAGGAAGAUGCAGGAUUCAAGGUUGAGAUUGUUCGCAAACGAACCGGGAGACAAUACGUGGCGAUCUCGCAUGUGUGGUCCGAUGGAAUGGGAAAUCCCAAUGGUAACUCGCUCCCUAAUUGUCAGGUGCGACUUCUCUACGAGCAGGCGAGGCGUCUCGUGACAGAUAAGGAAUACAUCCCACGACAAGUCGGCGAUCCCUUGGAGCACAUUGAAACCGGUGUGUCUCGACUGACUCAUUUUGCUUUCAGUCAGGCUCGUGGUAAGGAUAAGUCAGUACUGGUGUGGAUUGAUACGUUGUGUAUCCCGCAUCAACGGGACGUGCGAAGUUUGGCAAUUCAGCGGAUUCGCCAGGUCUAUCUCGACGCAUAUCGAGUGCUAAUCCUUGACUCCGAAAUGCGGCAAGUCGAAUCUAACUCUAUCUCGCGGACCCAGCUUCUGAUACGAGUCGUAUUUUGCUCAGGCUGGAUGCGCCGCCUAUGGACCCUUCAAGAAGGCCUUGCGGCCAAAUACUGUCUUUAUAUGCUAUUUUCCGACAAGCCAAUCAAUAUAUCCACCAUCGCCGACGAGAUUCUCACCAAAAUUGACAAGAACAAAUUACCGAUCUUGCAAGAAAGAGUCGCAUAUCACGCGAUGUCGGUCUGGUUCAUGUUUUUCAAGGAAUCGAUCGAUUACGCAUCGAAAUUUCUACGGACAUUAGAGGUUAUUGGAAGCCCGUUUGCGGAACCAGUUUUUGACAAGGAUCGUCCGAUCAUCUUGGCUGGUGUGUUGAAUCUGGACGUCAAACCGAUCUUAGACGCCAAGGGCGGUCCCGGAGAGCGAAUGCGUGUCUUUUACAGAAUGUUAGACGAGUUUCCGUGCGGCAUCUUGUUUGAGGAAGAGCCACGUUUUGAAGAUGACGGGAUGCGAUGGGCAGUGAAAGUGUGUCAGUUUUCCGGUAUGCCCCAUGUUUUGGGGAGCACAUCAGGCGAAAUCACUCCCAGAGGCCUGCAGGUAUCAACUUUGUCUUCUUGGUUAUUUCCAUCUGUGGUGGCGUUGAAUAUAAGCAGUGAGGAUUUUCAGUCCACUUCCGGUGAUUGGCUUAUGCAGCAUAACCUGAAAGAUGUAACCAGGGCCGAUGCUUGCACAUUGCAUUUCAAAAAUUCGGUCAAGUUGAUGCCGGACAAGAUAUAUGGGGUUAUCUUGGAGCGUGAGGAAUCGUAUACUGGACAGUCUUGUACCUUUGCCUUGGUGGAAUAUCAAUCCACAGAAGCAGACAAUGUUCACUAUGCCCGGUACGUGGGCGUGGGCACCGCGCGGCGUGUUUUGGUUUGGGGUCUUUUGCCUCGCGAUGGAUACCUGCUACCGUUUGGCUUUAAGGGCGUUGAAAAACGGGUUUGA